UACAUUCUCAUAGACUAUGGGAACACUGUCACGUUACGUUAGUGUUGUGCCGGUGCAUCAUGGGAUACGUAGUUCUGUCUGCAGCAAAGCUAAUCUACAUCGCUGCUUAUAGAACUACAUUUCCCGGAAGCUAAUGGCGGCACGGAGCGUCCUUGGCCAAUGGGCUCUAUAGACCUUUGAGGAUAUAGUAGGAAGCUGCAGGAGAGGCAUAUGGAGUGUGCAGGCUCUUCAUACUGGAGCAGCUGAAGAGGAGCUGCUGAACCACCCUUCUAAAUUGUAGCUUAAGCAUUGCCAAUAUGUCAGGGUUAGCCUUUUGCCCGCUUCGGACGCUAACAAGCAUGUUACAUAGGAAUGCUUUGCUGUUGGCAUCUUCACAGAGACUAGGCGUUGAACAGUUUCUACACCAAAUAGACUAUCUUGGUUCUAGAAGGACUCUAUGUAUUUCUGCUAUAUCACAACAAGAAGCCGAGCCUCUAGCAGAGAAAGAACAGAGGCUGCUUAGUAACAUUUAUAGAGGUCUGAUAAAUGGGCAAAGAGCCUGCUUGGCUGAAGCCAUAACACUGGUCGAGUCUACCCAUCUGAGGAAAAGGCAGAUUGCUCAAAUACUGUUGCAGAAGGUACUGUCCCAUCACCGGGAAGAAGAGCGAUUAAAUAACGGAAAACCUCUAGCGUUUAGAGUGGGUCUGUCUGGUCCCCCAGGGGCGGGCAAGUCCACAUUUAUUGAAUACUUUGGAAAAAUGCUUACAGAACAGGGGCAUAAAGUUGCGGUUUUGGCGGUUGAUCCUUCCUCCAGCACCAGUGGUGGUUCUCUUCUUGGAGAUAAAACAAGAAUGACUGAGCUGUCUAGAGACAUGAAUGCCUACAUUAGACCUUCUCCAACCAGGGGGACCUUAGGAGGAGUCACCCGGACGACAAAUGAAGCCAUUCUUCUGUGUGAAAGUGGGGGCUAUGACAUUGUCCUUGUGGAAACUGUAGGAGUGGGCCAGUCAGAAUUUGCAGUGGCGGACAUGGUUGACAUGUUCGUUUUGUUGCUGCCACCAGCAGGAGGCGAUGAGUUGCAGGGGAUAAAACGGGGGAUAGUUGAAAUGGCUGACCUAGUUACUAUUACUAAGGCUGAUGGAGAUUUACUUAUACCUGCAAGAAAGAUUCAGACUGAGUAUGUGAGUGCUUUAAAGUUACUUCGGAAGCGAUCUAAGACCUGGAAACCUCAGGUUAUACGAAUUUCUGCGAAGACUGGAGAUGGCAUCCCAGAGAUGUGGAAGAAGAUGACUGAAUUUCAGAACACUAUGUUGACCAGCGGGGAACUUCUAGCUAGGCGCAGGAUUCAGCAGAAGGUCUGGAUGUGGAGUCUUAUUCAGGAAAACGUUCUCCUUCACUUUAGGAACCACCCUGCAGUUAAGAAUCAGAUACCUCUCUUGGAGGAGAACGUCCUUGCCGGUGUCUUGUCACCAGGUCUUGCAGCAGACAUGUUACUCAAAGCAUUUUCUGAAAGUAGCUGAAAGAUCACAUGUAAUUGUGAAAAAAGCCCAAUGAACAUUUUUAAUGUUUUUUUUUUUUUAUGAAAACGCAAAACAUUGUAUUAUGUAUUUUAAUUUGAAGUAAAGACUAGGAUAUAUGUACAUGAA